AUGCGUCUUCAAUGGAUUUGUACGCUGUUCAUCGGAACCGUGAUUGCCAUUCCCUAUGGUAGUCAGGAAGAUGCGGAGCAGCCUGCAACUUUGACCAUGCCCAAACCCAUGUCCGCAUUUGCACCAAUAAAAAGGGCAAUUGAAAUUUCCCGUGGACCUCGCUCAUUAGAUGCACAGAAGAGAAUGUUGCCGUAUGAAUACGAGUUCCUUUGA